AUGGCCGACAUCACUGCCGUCGGUGAGGAGAACCCUUCUCCUACCCAGGACGACCUGCAGCAGGCCGCCGGCAACGGCGCCGCUGACAACCGCGGUCCCAAGCGCAAUCGAAUGAGCGCCGACGACGACGACGAUGACGAUGAUAAGCCCGGUCGCGAGCGCAGAAAGAUUGAGAUCAAGUUCAUCCAGGAUAAGUCGCGUCGCCACAUCACCUUCUCCAAGCGGAAGGCAGGUAUCAUGAAAAAGGCAUAUGAGCUUUCCGUCCUCACUGGUACUCAAGUAUUGUUGCUGGUCGUGUCCGAGACUGGCCUGGUCUACACCUUCACCACACCGAAGCUCCAACCAUUGGUGACUAAGGCCGAGGGCAAGAACCUCAUUCAGGCCUGCCUAAACGCCCCCGAUCCGACCACCAACGAGAAUGGCGUCGAGGCUCCUGAAGUACCAGCCGAGACACCCGAGGAUGUGAGCCACACCAAUGUCCAGGCUCAACAGUCGAAUAUGCCUCGCCCUGGAGGCAUGCACCCUGGCUACAUGACAAGUGAACAGCAGCAGCAGAUGGCCUAUUAUCAGAAUCUGCAGCAGCAACAACAACAGGCGGGUGGGCAGUACCCUGGUAUGCCUGUGGGCAAUCGAAUACCCCCUCAGCAUCAGCCCACCGCAUAG